AAUGUGUUUAUCGAAAAUCAAAGUAAAUUUUCAGUAGUUUAUACUCAAUGUCGCAGAUUUUUACAUUUAAAGUUUAUGUCCCUGUAAUGUAAAAUGGGGAAGACACCCGAUAACUCUGAAAAGCAAAAGAAACCGAGAAGACCGUAUGAAGAAAUAGGAGCCUUCUUCAAUGGAAAUGAGGUCAAGAUAAGAGUACCGAAGAGCACCUCAAAGCCUCCGAAGCUGACGCCAUCUCAGAUGAAGUUGCAGCAACAGUGCACCUGCGAUGAUGACGAGUCCGUGUGCUCGGAGACCUGCGGUCAGUCUGAAGGAGGCGGCGGUUAUGGCAACAAACUCAACUUUCAGAUCCCUGAUGACUUAUGCGAAGGCCUCACUAAUAGGAACGCAUUAAACUCUGAGCUAACCUACAGUAAGGGCAUGGAGGCGCAUGAGGACCUCUGCAACGUCUGCAAUGUGACCCCCUCAAAUGCCCCCAAAGGAGUAAAGGCCCACAAGGUUUUACAUCCAGACAAGGACGUGUUCGUACUGAAGAUUGGUAAACAAACGGAUGAGCCUAACCGUACUGGAAAUAUAGAGGUGGAAUUGGUGACUCCUCGGGCACCAGCUAAGCUAAGGCCGGCCACUCACUCGUGUAAGGAGAUCCAAUGCGAGGAGCAGGAUAUACCGUGCUGCGCUCCAUGCAGGGUGUGCCGAGGAGGUGCUGCAAAGAAGAGGAAGUCACGGCGUCCUAGGUGUUGCCCGUAAAAUGUGUAAAAACAUUAUGUAAAAAGUUGGAAAGAAGAAAAAUUGUAAUAAAUAAUUUGAGAUUUCAA